CAACAACCUCUUAUAAUUGAUAGCCAGCUCCUUGUAUUAAAAGGAGCUAGCCAGCCCUCUCUUCGUCACCCCAUGAAUCCAUUCAUCCCCUGAUUCGUACUCUUCUUUUCCAUCACAUAUAUAGAGUGGAUAUAUAUACAUAUUUUCAAGUGCUAAGCAUGAACAGAGAAGAGGGUGGACUAUUGGUGGUCAAUGGACGGGCGGAGAUUGAUACAAGAGCACCAUUCAAGUCUGUCAGAGAAGCAGUGGUGUUGUUUGGGGAAAGAGUUUUGGCUGGGGAAAUCUAUGCCAACAAGCUCAAAGAGAUGCGAACAGGAGGGAGAGAAAAUGGACAGGCUGCUCCCUCCAGAUUUGGAGCCUUAACAGCUGAGCUUGAGGAAACAAAGCAAAGCCUCCAAAAAGCAAGAGAAGAAGGUAACUUGAUGACCUACAGUAUAAAAUCUCUAAGAGAAGAACUUGAAGAAACAAAGAAAGAGCUACAACGAUUAAGGGCAAGAGAAAGAAUGCAUAAAAAGCAACCAGUACUUGAUGAUCCAGAGAUUGAAGACAUCAAGUUCGUUGAAAAUGCAACCAAAAUGGAGAUGAUCAAGAACCAUACUGGUAUUGAAGAACCUACAGACUUUCAAAAGAAGAGAAGUGUGAAAUUCGCUAGUCCUCCUUCAUUGGCUAAGGUUAUUGUUUCGAAAGAGGAAGUGCUAGAGAGACCUCACUCUUUUAAGAGGAUGGCCAAGAAAAGGUCUCUAAUCCCCCUUCUAGGAUGGUUAUUUUCAAAAAAGAAAGGAACCCAGGACGAUGAGUCUCCUAGAUAAUAUUGAGAAGCUGCUCGUAGAUGGAAGUUUCAGUUCUCGUGCGGUCUGCAAGAAUGAGAAGUCUCCUUCGGGUUUUUUUUUUUUUUUUUUCACGUGUUAAAAAAAAUUGUUUCUAAUAAACUCAACACAAUUUUGUAAGGUUGGAAUUCUUUCCUUGAUGUAAGGUUGUGAGAUGGGUUUGGGCCUAGUUCCAGAAGUUUUAAAAGUUUGUAAUAAAAAAAUCCAAAUUUUCAAUCUUA